CGCCCACCGGGUGGCGGUGCCGGCGCGGUCGGCGGGGCGGGCCGGGGCCGGCGGGCGGGCCGAGGCGAACGGAGGGCGCCGCACACGCCGCCCAGCGCGAAGAUGGCAGCGGGGGAGCCGCAAGCCAAGAAGCUCAAGCUGGAGCCAAAGCAACUGAGUGAAAAUGUCUUGUUUGGAAUGGGAAAUCCUCUGCUUGAUAUCUGUGCAGUUGUGGACAAGGACUUCCUUGACAAGUAUGGGCUGAAGCCAAACGACCAAAUUUUGGCAGAGGAGAAGCACAAAGAACUAUUUGAAGAACUCGUGAAAAAGUUCAAAGUAGAAUAUCAUGCUGGUGGUUCUACUCAAAAUUCCGUUAAAGUGGCUCAGUGGAUGAUUCAGAGCCCUUACAAAGCUGCAACUUUCUUUGGGUGCAUCGGCAAAGACAAGUUUGGAGAGAUCUUAAAGAAGAAGGCUGAGGAAGCUCAUGUGGAUGCCCAUUACUAUGAGCAGAGUGAAGAACCAACAGGAACUUGUGCUGCCUGCAUCACUAGUGAUAACAGGUCUCUUGUAGCUAACCUCGCUGCUGCUAAUUGCUACAAGAAGGAAAAGCAUCUUGAUUUGGAGAAGAACUGGAAGUUGGUGGAAAAGGCCAAAGUUUAUUACAUAGCAGGAUUCUUCCUGACGGUGUCACCAGAAGCAGUAUUAAAAGUGGCUGCUCAGGCUUCUGCAAACAACAAGAUCUUCAGCUUGAACCUUUCUGCACCAUUUAUCAGCCAGUUCUACAAAGAGCCUAUGAUGAAAGUCAUGCCUUAUGUUGACGUCCUUUUUGGAAAUGAGACGGAAGCUGCCACUUUUGCUAGAGAGCAAGGCUUUGAGACUGAAGACAUUAAAGAGAUAGCCCGGAAGACACAAGCCCUGCCAAAGGUGAACACUAAAAGGCAACGAAUCGUAGUCUUUACCCAGGGGAAAGAUGACACCGUAAUGGCUACAGAAAAUGAAGUGACUACCUUCCCUGUGUUGGUGAGUGAUCAGAGUGAAAUUGUGGAUACCAAUGGAGCUGGAGAUGCAUUUGUUGGAGGCUUCCUCUCACAGCUCGUCUAUGACCGGCCAGUGACCGAGUGCAUCCGGGCUGGACAUUACGCAGCCAGCGUAAUUAUCAAACGUUCAGGUUGCACCUUCCCAGAGAAGCCUGACUUCCACUGAUACUGGUGAAUUGGAGGGAUCAAGAGUAACUCCCAUGUUGCCGUGGGAUUGCUGCCUACAUUUUUCCUCCUUCCCUUUCCUCACCUUUCCAAUUACCUGCAUCAACGCUUCUGUACUUCUGUUCAUUGUAUUCUAAACAAAAUAUAUAUUUCUAUGGUGUUUUCCUUUCCAUACCACUAGAGUGUCGCAGUAGUCUUAACUUUUGGAAACAGUGCUAAGUGAAGCUUAUUCUCUCAUCCAUCAGGAAAAAUUGUUCUAUUUACACCGUUUAUAAGGAAGAAGUCCCAUGUAAAUGACACUGCUGAUUAACACCAUUAAAAUUCUUCUGUUGAAUUAUCUAGUUUGUAUCCAGCUGUGGCCAAAUCCUACUCAACUUGCGUGAAAUCAACAGACCUGACUUUAUUUGUCACUUAACGUUAUAAACUGGGACUGGGAAUUGUUCUUUAUAGUGGAGUCACACUAGUGUAAAGAGUGGUGUAAAAGUCCCAAGAAUUUCCUUACAUAUUUGAGCGUACAAGAUCUGGCCAUCAGACCCAGCCCAGCUGCCAUGAAAGUGAGUAGCUGUUUUGUCAGUAAUUUAAGGACCUGAUCUAACGCUGAUGUCAUGCAUUCGGUUGUUUUCCACCGAUGCUAGUAGUUUUGGAUCUGGAACUGCGUGAGAGCAGGGUCUGGCCACUCCACGUACAGUCACAUUCAUCUGUCAGGUGAGUUAGCAGAUAGGUACUUUCAGUGAUUUCAGGGCAGAUGCGUGAGUUGAUGAUGAACAUGAACAUACAGAUCCUAUCUCCUCCACGUGAGCUUUCUAGAGGCUGUGUUUAAUUAAGGUACACAUAGUGAUAAUGAGGUACAGAAAUAUUUAUGCAGGAUAUAUUGACAGGAUAUGCCAAACGGAAUCUCUGAAACGCACAUUUUUAAACUUUUAAUUUACUUUGGAUAAUUAAGCAAUAUGGUGGAUUUUGUUUGUAUUUACAGUAUUCAAAGAAGUGAUCUGACACUGCAUUCAUUACUUUGCUAUGUAAUUUGAUACUGAUAAAUAAAAAAUUGUCAUACAGAUA